CAUCUCUGCGGGCCAAAGCUUGUCGCGGCAGAAGAGAUCCUCUAUUUCUGCUUUCCCUCCGUCCACCAUGGUGUAGCCUUGUCAUCUGUUUGGGGGCAACAGUAAAUACCGUCUAAUGAAAGCUCGUGUAUGUUCUGGUGGGGGGGAUUUGCCAUCCGAAACCGAUCGGCUCCGUUUGCACGCAAUAGGUAAUGAACGACGAGACAGAAUCGGAGAGCUGGAAGAGAAACUCCGGGAGCUCCAGUAUUGAGCAAAUGCUGGCUGUGAAUCCCGGAAAGACGCCUAUCAGUCUGCUGCAGGAGUAUGGAACGCGGAUAGGCAAAACCCCAGUGUACGACCUGCUGAAGGCUGAGGGACAGGCCCAUCAGCCCAACUUCACAUUCCGCGUCUCUGUUGGAGAGAUCAGCUGCACCGGCCAAGGGCCCAGCAAGAAAGCAGCCAAGCACAAAGCAGCUGAGGCUGCUCUGAAGAUGCUCAAGGGAGGCCUCGGAGGCCCAGCUGCAGUUGCUUUUGGAGAAGACGGUUUUACUGAAGUUGAUGUGUCUGUAGAUGGAGACAGCUGUCAGUCAGAGAUGAAGACGUCAAACAGUUCCCAGCAGUCUGAAUGUAAUCCUGUAGGGGCACUUCAGGAGUUGGUGGUGCAGAAAGGAUGGCGUCUGCCAGAGUACACAGUCACUCAGGAGUCUGGUCCAGCUCAUCGCAAAGAGUUCACAAUGACCUGCAGAGUCGAGAGAUUUGUAGAAAUUGGAAGCGGCACAUCUAAGAAGCUUGCCAAGAGAAAUGCAGCCGCCAAGAUGCUUUCACGGAUACACGAUGUGCCGGUGGAUCUGAGGAGCAGCAAUGAUGCCGAGGCAGAAGAGGACACGUUUAAUAUUCACAUGGGAAGCAGAGUGGAGCCGGGUAAAAGUAAAGGCUACAGCUGCACGUGGGAUUCUCUGCGUAACUCCGCUGGAGAGAAGAUUCUCCAGCUCCGCAGCCACCCUCUGGGCAUGCCCUCUGACUCAAACUUCUGCUCCCUGCUGAGUGACCUUUCUGCAGAGCAACGCUUCGACAUUAGCUACCUUGAUCUAGAGGAGCGCAGUCUCAGCGGCCUGUGUCAGUGUCUGGUAGAGCUGUCCACGCAGCCAAUCACAGUGUGCCAUGGCUUCGCUCGGAACGUAGACGCAGCGCGAGCUAACGCGGCCCACAAUGCACUGCAGUACCUGAAAAUCAUGGCAGGAGGGAAAUGACAGACCUGCUCUGUUUCUUUUCCACAGACUUGAACUUGCUGCAAUACAAUAUGCCAUCAAACAA